AUGUCGAGCCACCACCUGCUAAACGACAACAGCAGCAGCAGCCAGAGCUCGGAGUGGACCAGAGAAGAGAACAAGGCCUUCGAGAGCGCUCGGGCUCUCUACGGCGAGCACGAUCCGCACCACUGGCUCAAAGUCGACACCAUUAUCCCGGGAAAAUCAGUCUCCGAUGUGAUCGAACAGUACAGGGAGCUGGAAGAAGACGUGUGCGAGAUCGAAGCUGGGCGCGUCCCGAUCCCCGGUUACCUGGCCGCGGACGACGACGCGGCUUUCAGCCUGGACCUCAUCGUCGGGCUCGACUUCGUCGAUUCAUACAGAAAGGGGCCCAUGUGCUCCACUAAGACCUCCGAUCAGGGCCGCCAUCGAUCCGCCCGCCGCUGCAUUUUAGUCGGUCAGGUGAGGAGGUUCAACGAUGAAGGAAGGAGAAGGGGAGAACGGAUGGUGAAUUCUGUGGAUGGGGAUGAAGCGAUAUGGAUAAGGUAG